AUGAACGUCUUCAAAGUUUUCUUCAUAUCCACAGUGUUUUCCUCCAGUGGGGCGGAAAUUCAGAUACUAAUUAACCCAGUGAAUUUGCCUGAGAACCUGCUUCCUGGAACUCAGUUAAGCCGAGCUUAUGAUAAAGAUGUGGCUGGAAAGCCAAAUGCCUACCGCUUUCUGAAUAAAACAAAGGAUUUUGUCAUCGAUGCAAGUUCUGGUGUAAUCACAUCUACCAAAAUUUUUAAUUUUGAGACUGAUCCAAUAAGGUUUCUACUUAUAAUUGAUACUGGUGGAAUCAGUAGAAGUGUUUUGACUAUUAAUAUAAUUGAUGUUCCUGAACGUCCAGACUGUACUGCUGAUCCCCAGUUUUCAUCAGGUAUAGCUACAUUGGAAAUUGCUGAGGACUAUCCAUUAUUUCAGUUCAUUUAUAGAGUGACGGCCACUGAUGAAGACUUUGCCAAUGGUGACAGGCUGAUGUACACAGUUGAGUCUCAGUUAUCUGGACCGAGGAGAGGAGCAAACUCGUUUGGGGUAGAUCCUGUAAGUGGUGUUAUUAGCUUGAGAGGUGAAGAUUCUUUGGACUUUGACGCUGGAUAUCAUACUUUCCAGCUUGCACUGAGAGCAACAGAUACCAAAGGUCUGUUCUGUCAAGGGACACUUAUUAUCAAGAUUAAAGACAUAAAUGAUGAGAAACCUCAAUUUGAGCCAUUUCCUUUGGAUUCUAUUAAUGUGACUGAAAAUAAACGUGUUGGAGAAAUUAUAGGAAAAGUAAAAGCAACAGAUCGAGAUGAAGAUAGUAGCAUCACUUAUUCCUUUAAAGCACAGCAGGGAAUGUUUGCUUUGGAUCCUGUCACAGGCAUAAUCACUCUUCUUCAGCCUUUGAGUCUUGACAACCCUAAUAACUCCAAAUUCUACUCUUUGGCAAUUGAAGCCAGAGAUGACGGAAAUAAUACCAGCACAUAUAUGUUUACAGUUUUUGUGGAAAAUGUGAAUGAUCCAAUUAUCUGUGAUACAAGUUUUUCAACAGGAGCAGGUAUUUCAGUGUCUGUUCCUGAAAAUGUUCCUGCAUCAACUUUUAUAUACAUGAUUCUUUCAAGAGAUCCAGAUCUAGGACAGGAAGUUGAACAAUUCCAGUUAGUCAUUGCUGUGAAAAACAGGGAGCCACUUUCUCUGGAGUCCUGCACUGGUAUCAUCACUAUAAAUAUCCAGAAUGUUAAUGAUGAGAUUCCUGUUAUUACACACAUACCAGAUGCACCUAUAAAUAUUUAUGAAAAUCUCCCUGUUGGAACAAAGCUCAUCAAAUUGACAGCAGCUGAUAGAGACGUAGGGGACUCGCUAUACUACGAAUUCAUUGGUACACGGAAAGAAUUUUCAAUAAAUCAAGACUCAGGAGAGGUCACAGUUGCCUAUCCUCUGGACUAUGAAGAUGCAACAAUUCCAAAGUCUUGGGUAUUGUAUGUUAGAGUAUGUGACAAUGAAAGAACACAUUCAACCACUGGUUCAUUCACAGUGAUUCUACAAGAUGUGAAUGACAACGCACCUAAGUGCUCACAGAGUAUCUACACAUUUGAACUUCCUGAAAACAUCCCAGUUGAAACUAUUCUAGUCUCUCUUACUUGCACAGAUCAGGAUGGAACUUUCCCCAAUAACAAUAUAACUUAUCAGCUGAUGGCAGACAGUUUUUCAAAUGAAACAUUUACUCUUAUAAACAAUGAGCUGAAAGUUGGUCCUGUACACCUGGAUUAUGAUAAGCCAAUUUUUGCAGGAAUGCACUUCAAAUAUACAUUGUUUGUAAGGGUAUCUGAUGAAGGAAGCCCUGUACUUUCAACACUUAUUAAAAUCAUUGUAAGAGUGAAUCGUAUAAAUGAAGUGAAUCCAAUUGGAGCAACAUCAGCAUUCACCUUCAGUAUAUUUGAAAACAGCCCAGUGGACACAUUAGUUGGAAAACUUACUUUUAAAGAUUCAGACUGGCCAUUUAACAAUAUAAAGUAUACCAUCAUUGGAGGCAAUUUGGGACUAUCUCCCAGAUUUUACAUUGAACCCUAUACAGGUAUGAUAAGACUACUGUCUUCACUAGACAGGGAAGCUGAGUCACUGCACAAAAUAGUUGUGAGAAUUACAGACUUGGACAAUGAUGCUCUCCCCGAUCCUCUUAGACAGAGAAGUGUUAUGGCUCAGGUGACCAUCCAUGUUCUGAAUGUAAAUGAUGAACCUCCUGUAUGCACGCCACCACAUUUGGAAGCUUGGAUAUUUUCCAACAUUAAGGGGCCUUUUGUUCAACUCAACUGUUCAGACAGAGAUUCUUUACCUGAACAUCUGAGCUAUUCAAUUUUAGGAGGAAAUACAAAUAAUCAAUUCACACUUUGGAGACAAGGUGUUGAUCCCCCUUCUCUGGCCACCAGGCAAGAUUUCCAGUUUGAUGUGUUUCAAGGGAUUCAAGAUCCCAUGACUUUCCAGUUACUUAUUGAAGUUACUGAUGAAUUAGGUGGAAAUAAAGCUAGUCAACUCUCAGUCACUUCUACAGUCAUAAUUCAUGUGCUUCCUUGGACUACAACACAGCCAACUACUUUUAAGAAAACAACCACAACCACAAUUACUACUUCUGUCUUAAAGAAGAUUUUGUACUACUGGAGCCCAGAUAACUGGUUUCCUGCAGUAUUAACUGUCACAGGAGUCCUUUUUGUCAUGUGUCUCUAUGCUGUUGCCUGGUGCCUCUUCAAAGAGUAA